GGUCAGGUUGGGAGAAGAUAGAAGUGGUGCAGAUUAGUCAAACUGCUUGUGUGAAGGUGGGAAAUCGCCGCUAAAACAUUGUGCGUGGCUGCCAGUGCGGGAGCUGCACUGUGUUCAGGAUGGAGGGUUUGAUCUGCGCUGCAAGUGAUCAGAUCCAAGAAGCUGAACUCACAUCACCGCUCGACAGACCAAAGCAAGAGCAGACCAGAGGAAACAGGGCAAUCGAUGUAAACCUCGGGGAUGUGGCUACGGAGGCUGUCCAUCAGGAAUCCAGUGUGGCUGAGGGAAGGAGUCGAAGAAUCUGCAGGAAGAGGUCCUUUUCACCUGAAGUAGAAACUGUGUUCAGGACGAAGGCGAAACGGAAGAUUAACCCACCGAAAUCAAAAUCAGGGAAAAGGGCAGGGGUCGAAUUCUGCUGCGAUAUCUGCAAAUCCGCAUCCAUCACCAAUCCCCACCGUCGCGGUAAUAGGCUGAAGGAGUCGGGCUAUAACCCAUCGCCCCGUUGGAAGAACGACCCAAAGACAGGACAAGUCCUGACGCUGUGUAACGCAUGCGGGUUGGCGUUUGGCAGGCCCCGACUUCCUCACUCACCUUGCACAGGUGUGGACGCCGAUGAACGCAGAAAGCAUCAGGAUGCCCUCCAGGCGUUUGCUUCGUUCCUGACGGAGUUGCUGGGAGACCAGGAUGCUGAGAAGCUGUGCUGCCCUCUGUUUGUGAAGAAACCGUGUCAAUGUCUACAGAACUACAUCAAAAGGACAGGGGAUGAGCUGAGUGAAUGUCGGCAUCGAGCUGUGAAACUCCUGCAGCUGCUAAAGGAAGCCAGGCGUCUCAGUUUAUUGAAGUGCUAUGAUGAAAACCAAGUACAGCAGCUGGACAAAUCUCGAAAAGGGGGCAUAGGAUUGGGCAAUGGUCAACGGAAGUCAAAGGCGUUUGAGGAGUUUGUACUGAAGAAUCGCACCACGUUGAAAAAUGAGUUGAAAUUGUGUGAACGAGCCACCCAACGUAUCUUGGGCUACUCCAACAACUUCCUGCACAAGAAGUUGAAAACUGACCCUGAGAAAGGAGAGCGAGUUAAAAGGACUAAAGGGAAGGGAGCCCUGGGACUCCUGAAACCAAUUACCGAACUUUUGAAGGAGAGAUGUUGUGUGGACAACUGUGUCUCGAUGGCGCACACUCAUGGGCGCUUGCUUCACCUCUGGAGGGAGUGUGCCUCGAAAGGACAGGCUGAAGCACGGAGGGCUCUGGCUGAGAUGCUGACACCUUCAGGCGGCUCGCAUUCAAACUGCUACAGGUUCAUCAGCUGGGUGACAGGCUGCAGCCACAGCACCAUCAGCCGAGUCAGCGAGCAGAUGAGGAGGACAGGAGGCGAUCGUGAGCCCCCUCCCCACGGGCUGAAGAAGUGGUGGAAGGAGAAAACAAAGACGCAGGGAGUGACCGUCUCUAAGCAUAAGAGCACGGGUAUGAACACAGCGAAACUCUUAAAUGCUGCUUCAUCUGCUGUAAGUGCAGGAGCUACCUUCCGAGAAGCCAUCGCAGUCUCUGUGAGCAACAGUUCACUGUCGGCGGAGCUCUCCUCUCUCCCGGCCACUGUUCAGCUGCAGGUCCAGCAACAGCAGAUCGAAGCCCUAAAGAAACAAGUUCAGGUCUUACAGGAACAGCAGCAGCAACACAGCUACAAGCAGCUGCAGCAAGAAGCCGCAAGGGCCCAGCCCCAUCCUCAGCAUCUGCAGGUCCUUGGAAUGUCACAUGGCCUCAGCCCUCAGCCACUAUCCGUGCAUCAGCCGAGCAGUGUCAUAACCAAACGGCAACCAGUGGGAUUGCAGGCCAAAGCAGUGCAGCAACAGUGCCAGAAGCCUAGCCAUUGCCAAGUGAUAUCUGCCAUACAAUCCAUAGGUAUCCUCCAGGAUGUACUUCAACGGAAUGAUGUUCAGGUUGUUGUUCAAACCAUGGAUCUGCCUUCUGGUGUAACACUACAGAAUGUCGGAAACCUGAGACCACAAUCUCAGGCAGCCUUGUUGCACAGCGUUCCCUCACAACCUAUCAGCGGCUAUAGCAAUGAACAGUGCGCAGCCCCUCCCAACCUCCGGAACGUAACGGUUCAGGAUUCAACUUCUCAACCUGUCAGCCAAGGACCUCUGGCUGUUCAGAGGCAAAGCUGUCAACUACAGCAGAGGAAGCAGCCCCAGCAGAUUGGUUCUCUGCAGCAGGUAGAGUCUGGGACCCUUGAAGGCUUGGUAACUAGCUGUAACCAGUUGGAGGCACAGCAAGAGGCCAUGGCACAUCUCCAGCAUCUUCCUGUUCAGGUGGACUCUUUGACUCAGUGCCGCAGCAGAGAAGAGCAGCCCUGGAAACAGCCAGCUCCUUCAAACUUUCAGCAAGCUCCACAGGUGACCACAGUAACUGGGGAUUGUCAGACACGUACCAACAGCGCCAGUGCACAGACAGGUUGUAUCACCACGGGUUGCCCUGGCUCUGGAAUUCUUCGAUGCUGCACAAUCUAACACUUGAAAGAGAAGCAGUAACCCGGCAGGACUGUUUGGACUCAUCCCAGCAGAGCCUAAGGCACAUCUGAUCUAUGUAACAGCCACAACCAGAGUGUUCUAAUGCUCCGUGGUCACGUUUGGAAGAUGAUCGCUAGAUUUCUUUUUAACGCAAGACACAUUUUUAAAGAAAAAAAUCUAUACUUUUUUUGUGAUUCAGUGGGGAGGGCUGGAUUUGUUCAAUAAUCUCAUGGUUGAACAGUGAUCGCUUCGCAAAUGAUAUCAUAGUGUUGAAAUUGGGCACUUUAUUCUGUCUUCGCUGAAUGCCACCAGCUGUUCCAGUGGGCUCACGCUGCUCUGUGAAACAAUGUACAGUGUGAAGUAUUUUGCUCGGUUUCAUAAAUUUGUUUUAUGAUGUCAA